ACUGCUAUUUUAGAUCAGUUAAUAGUUAUACCUGUGCAACACCUGAUUGUUGGAUAGUGUACGUUGAACGCGAUAGUUGAGUUCGUGUAGUUGUAUAUUUAAGUGGAUCAUUUCAAAGAUAUUAUAACUUGUUAUUUUUAAGUUAUUGGACAGUGUUAUAGAGUUAAUUCAAAUUAAUAUGUGCUCGUUUGUGCGUUUUAUUGUAGCUCUUUUUCAUUGGCUUUAAUGAACUAACAUAACGCUUAAUUAAUUUACAGUUUAUAGUGUACAAAAAUUAAACAUGGAAAAUAGUGGAAUGAUUGAUAUCAAAGUUCCAUCGAAAGGGAGGAAAUUUGGUAUUUGGAAGGCAUGGAAGUAUCAAUGGUGUGAGAUCACAUACAAAGAUGAAAACCGUGUAAUUAUAAAUAUAGGAAACAAUAAAACAACUAUUUUUUCAUGUUUUGCCGUUCCAAAUAACGCUGUAGUUUACAGAAUAAAAUCCAGGACUAAAGCAUAUGGGUUUGGAAUUUUUUAUACAAAAGAAAAAAAUCAAUAUCCAUUAGUCUUUUUAGCAUCAAAAUCUGAAACUGAAUCACAAAAAUGGAUGAAAAUAAUUAGAGAUAUGUUGCAACCUCCAAAUACUUUAAAAGAAAAAAAUGAAUACGAUAUUUCUGUAAUCGAUAACGAGCAUUCCAAAUCAGCUAAUCUCAAUGGUCUAUAUGGUAGAUUAAGUGUAAAAACUGAUGAAAUUUUAGUGUCGGACCCUCAUUCUGGUAAAAUUAAGGCAACUCUCCAUUGGACUCAAAUGCAAUGUAGCUAUUUGCCCCUUCCUGCCACUUCAGAAGAUUUACAUAGAAUAUGCACGAUACGCACGAACAGUAAAUUCAAAGCUGGCGAAGGUGAUUUAGAAAUAUUUUGUAUGGAGGCUGAUAAACUUCACUUGGAUUUAUCCUCGUGUCCUCGGCCUCUGCCAAAAAUCGCUACUACGCCGUUACCACCUACCCCUAGAGAGAAAAUAAGAUUGAACGAGUCAUCGGAAUAUUCUCCGGCAGUUACACCACCUCGUUGUCUGCUAGAAACUAGAAGAAUGAGUAGAAGUGAAGGCGACUUACAAUCUUUUCUUUCACAGCAUCCUUCAUUGAGAUCUUCCAGUGGUUCACAACAACAUUUAUUAUUAUUACCUCAAAAUACUUUGAAGAAUAAAAGUUCUUCUCAUUUUCUUUUAACAAGUGUCGGACUACUUUUAACUACGCCUGGAAUUAGUGAGCCAAAUUCUAUGCAAGACUUACGAUAUCUUGAUCAAAAUCAACUAGGAAAACAUCUUCAAAAUAUUGCGGAUGAUGAUUACGCUGAUAUCAAAGAAAAUAGUGAAGACGAGGACUAUACAGAAAUAUUGCUUAUCAAUAAGAGUCCUUCGCAAGAUGAAAUUCCUCCACCUUUACCUCCAAGACAACCUAAAUCUGAAGAAAAAGUUGAAUUCGAUGAUACAUAUCUUCCAAUGGACGCCACUCAGAGAUAUGUAACUAUGGCCAGUAUAAGUGGAAACAGCAAAUUAUUUAUAUCUGGACCUGUGCCUAUAUAGUUUUUACUGUAAAUUUUUGUUAUAUAUUAAUGUUAUUUUAUUUAAUUUUAUGCUGGAAUAUUAACUACCUAAAUAAAUUUAUUUGUGUAAUUAAAAUAAUUUAUAUUUCAUAA